AUGGCUGCUACCGAUGAAUUUUCUGGUUCUGCUUCUAACGAUAUUAACAAGCCUUUCCGUUUUGAGGGAUUACAUUUUAAGCGAUGGAAACAGAAGAUGUUGUUCUACCUGACGAUGAAGAAAGUUGCUUUCGUUCUCACUGCUCUGAAGCCAGUCGUCUCUGAAGCUUCUACCGACAAGGACAAAGAGGCUGAACGCGAGAAGCAACAAAAGGAUUUGGACUCCUGGGUCGAAAAUAACUUCCUCUGUAAGAAUUUUAUUCUUAACGGUUUAUCUGACGAUCUGUAUGACUAUUAUAAUUCAGAUAAAUCAGCAAACGAAAUAUGGGAUGCUCUGCAAAAGAAAUACGAUACUGAAGAAGCUAGAACUAAAAAGUAUGCUGUCAGUCGCUACCUCAAGUAUCAAAUGGUGGACGACAAACCUGUGGAAGCCCAAUCUCACGAGCUUCAGAAAAUUGCACAUGAGAUCAUCUCAGAAGGUAUGACUUUAGAUGAACAGUUUCAAGUUGCUGUAUUAAUUGAUAAGUUACCCCCUUCCUGGAAGGAUUUCAAAAGUACUCUCAGGCAUAAGACUAAGGAAUUUUCCUUAGAAAGUUUGAUCACCCGCCUUCGUAUAGAGGAGGAAGCAAGAAAACAAGACCAGAAAGAUGAAGUGCUUGGUGUUACAGAGCGAUACAGUUUGGUGCAGAACGUAUCGUACUUAUACAGAGGCUGUUUUAUCCUGGGGACGCCGUGGUUGCUAGACUGCCAUGCACACUUCGGGCAGAGCCGCGAAACGUCUUAA